AUGGUUGCUUACAGAAAUCAAUUCUUAGAACAAAUGGCUGUUUUAAGACCCAGAAUGGCGACAUAUGAAGGAGAAAGUAUGGAACAGGUUGUUUUACCUAACCUUCCAUCUAAUAUCUCUGAAAUUAUUCUAGUUACCCACGAUGAAUCUGUGUUCUAUGCUAAUGAUGGUAUUACCAAGACAUGGGGUCCUGCAAAUGAACACCAAAUUCAACGAAAGUCACAAGGUUUAAGUAUUCACGUUAGUGAAUUUAUUUGCGAAUCGAUUGGGCACCUUUGCCUUUCAGAAGAAGACAAAGUCAUGAAUGACCUUCUCCCCAAUGAUGAGCGAAUUCCAUAUAAUGAGGCAUAUGUUACACAUAAGGACUUUAUGAAACAAGUGGUUGAAAGAGCCAUUCCAAUUUUUGAACAAAUGCACCCUGGUAAAACUGCACUCUUUAUGUUCGAUAACAGCUGCUCUCAUAACGCAUAUGCCAAUGAUGCCUUAGUUGUUUUACAGAUGAAUUUAAAAGAUGAAGGCAAGCAACCUCUACUUAGAGAUGGAAAAAUGCCUGAUAGCUCUGUUCAUAUAAUGACAUUUGUAGAUGAGGAUGGUAUAAAAAAACCAAAAGGGAUUCAACGUAUUCUUGAGGAAUGUGGCCUGUGGAUAGAAAAUUUACAAAAGAAAUGUGAGUCAUGUAAAUUGCAUAUUUUUGACUCAACAAAUGAGCAAUAUUGUGCAACUCAUAUUCUUAGUUGUCAGCCUGAUUUUAUGUCUCAAAAAAACCAUUUAAAAGAAGUUAUUGAGGCUGCUGAGCAUAUAUGCAUCUUUUACCCCAAAUUUCAUUGUGAGCUCAACUAUAUUGAAGCAUUUUGGAGAGAUAUCCUUCGGUUUGCACGCCGAUCUGAGCGAUUUAUGAGUGCUUAUGCAUAUGGUCUUUUAGGUAGAGCUGCCAUCUUUGCGGUAAAGAAAUACUGGUCACAUCGCUGCGUUCCACUAAGCAUUUUGUAUGAGUUUGGUCAUUUAAAUUCUUCCAAUUAA